AUGAAUGCUUCUUUUUCCUGCAUUAAAGAGGCUCAUCUAACUCUUGUAAGUAAACCACUGGAAUCGCUGCAUUUAUUUUUAUCUUUUCUUUUCUUUUCUUACACUUUUAUCUUCAUAUAGUAAAUGCAUCAUUAUUGAUCAUCAUUUGAAAAUUUACCGCUAUGAUUGAAGUGAUUUUUUCUAAUUCUUAGACAAGAACCAUCAUUCAUUUAUAUAAAACAUAAAUUUUAAGCUAUUUUAUUUUAAUUUUAUAUUAUUUAUAAUUAAAUGAUUCUUCUCUCACUCUGUAUGAAAAGUAGCGAUUUAAUUGCAAAAUGGCAUGUUUAAAAAUGGUUGGCCAAGUGCAAAAAGGUUGAAAAAUGCAUUUUUGACAUUUCACUUUGAUGACCAAAAUUCGGCUUUAGCCAUUUUGCAGCAAAAUUUGCUAUUGUGCCUUGUGCCUUUUUGAGAGCAAAUGCAUGGGUUAUACUGGUGAUCAAUUUUGUAUCCCAGAUUUGGCAGUGAUGAUGCUGGCCGCCAGUGGAGCAAGAGAAGAUCAUUAAUUAAAGAUAAUAUAAAAUUACUUUAAACAUAAUAAAAUUUUUUUCACUCUGUAAAUCAUUAUGACUCUGUAUAAGAUGUGAAGGAGUCAAGUCAAUUACAACGGAAAGUUUUAAAUGAUUACGAUCAAUAACAAUACAUGAGAUAUAAUAAGCAAAAAAUGUUUCCAUAUUUUAAUAAAAUCCAUCGAUAACUUCUGCAAAAAUUAUCUUUUUCAAAUAAAAAAGUCUUACCUUCAAAUGCUUUACCACGAUAAAAUUAUUGAAAUCAGAGAAAAAAGAAAAAGAAUUAAGCAAUCUAAGAAAGUCAAGAAAGGUUCAAGAAAUUUAAAUUUAAUCGAUCAAAAAUACUUAGUCUCUGAUAAUAAAUAUGAAAACAACUUAAAAACACGCAAGAUCUCAACAAUUAAGCCACCCAAAAAAAACAUUCAUCCUCCUGUUAAAACUCAGAAUAAUGAACCAGUUAAUGCCUACAACUAUGAUAUCAAGACAUAUAUUCCUCUAAAGAAGAGCAUCAUAAAGCCGAUAGAAAUCAUAGGAAGAACUAUUCUAAAAGAAAAUCACAAAAAUACAAUCAAAAAAAUUUUUAUAAUUAAAAAGACUCCAGCAAUAAGGAAAAAUGAACCAGAAAGAGAAGAUGUAAAUUGAAAGCUUAUUAAGGAAUCCUCGCAAUCCUAUAAUGAAACUGCUUCCAAAUCUCCAAAACUUUCUCCAUCAUCAGAAAUAAAUUCAUCCACUUUGAUGACAGAUUUUCCUGAAAUAAACGUUUCUAAAAUCGAAAACCCAUUCUUACAUAAAAAAGAAAAGAAAGAAAAACUGAUAGUUGAACCCUUGAUUUCAAUUUAUAACACCCAAAAUAAGAAAAAGUUUGAAAAUCCUUUCAUCAAUAAAGAUGAAAAAGAAAUUUACAAAAAUAAAAAGAUACAAAUACUAGAGAGCAGAAUGUUCCAAGAUAUGAUUAGACCUCUAUGCACAAUUCUCUUUAUUGAAGCAUCUGAUAAUCUCACAGAUCCAAAAAAAUGAUUGAAAAUAACCCAUUCUCCCUUAAGAAAAAAUAAUGUCCUACCCGUUCAAGUUGAAGAGGAAAUUAUAAUUCCAAAUCCAAGAAGAUUGUGCGAAAAAAUAAUAAGAAAAAAUUUUGGAUUCAUCAACAUUUCAGGAAUUGGAAAAGACGAUCUAUCACGAAGACAAUUAAGAAAUGUUAUGAUCGAAAACGAUAUUACUAUCUUAGGAAUAGCAGAAACUUGAUUAAAAGAUAAAGUUUAUAUUGAUGGUUUUGUGUGAAUAGGUAAUAAUGGACCUAUAGUAGGCUACAGAGGAUCAGGUGGAACUGGCUUAUUAAUUCAUAAUUCACUGGCAAAUGAAAUAACUUGAAUUGAAACUAAUAACCAUAGAAUAACUGCAGCAAAGAUAGAAGAUUUUUUGAUAAUAUGCAUAUAUGCACCAGUACUUGCAAACCACGAAAAUGAAAAAUCAAUUAACGAAUAUAUGAACUGCAUCAUGAAUGUUCAAGAAAUAAUUCAAGCAAACAAAAAUGAUGCUAAUCAAUGUAUAUUACUUGGAGACUUCAAUGCACACAUAGAAGGUUACUUAUCAGAUAUAAAUGAUUUAGCUGGAAAAAUAUUUAUCAAAUUUGUUAGAGACAAUGGUUUACAUAUAUUAAAUGAAACUUCUAUAUCAACUUUCAGAGGAAAUAA